AUGACUAAGAUUGUCACUGUAGUCGGUGCUACAGGCAUCCAAGGCGGCUCAGUCAUCGAUAUUCUUGUUAAAGAUGAUAAAUACCGUAUUCGUGCUGUCACACGAAACUGCCAAAGCCAGUCAGCCAAAGAUCUUGUGGCUAGGGGAGUGGAAGUUGUCCAAGCCACCACGAAUGAUGUUUCGUCCUUAACGGCGGCUUUCCAAGGCUCAUCAAUCAUAUUUGGUGUGACGGAUUUUUUUGGACUAUUUGCCAAAGAAGGAUCCUUGAAAGCGAUGGAAAUCGAGUCCUCUCAAGCUUUCAAUCUCGCAAAAGCAGCUGCAGCAACGCCAACCCUGGAACACUACAUAUGGUCAACUUUACCUGACGCUAAAACGCAGAGCUCAGGGAAGUAUUUAGUUCCUCAUUUCGCAAGUAAGAAUGUCGCUGACCGGUAUAUUCAAUCACAACAAGAAUUAUUUGCAAAGACUACAUUUGUUAUCAUCGGCUACUAUGCGGCAAAUUUCUACUGGCAGACUCACACCCCAAUUUCUGUUCCAUCAGCGGGCAAAUACGUUCAACUCAAUGGAUACCCGGCAGAUACACCUCUCCGGCCUAUUGGUGAUGCAAAGAACAAUGUUGGCAUUUUCAUAAAAGCUAUAAUUGACCAACCCAAUAAAACUCUACCUAGAAAGCAUGUGCUAGCCCACACGGAGAAUAUUACAUGUGGUGAAAUGCUGCAGUUAUGGGCAGAAGCUCAAGGGAAGCCAGCAGAGUACAUUGAGCUUCAGCCGGAAGAUUUCAACAAAAUAUGGCCAGGUUGGGCUGAGGAGAUUGGAAUCAUGAUGCAAUUCUUUUGGUGGGCUAAGGUUACCAGAUCACAAAAUGACGGCGUCUUAAGUCGAAGCGACUUGGGGAUUUCUACAGGUCUUAUUGGGACAAAAGAGGCAUUCUCUACCAUGAAAUUUUGA